AUCCACUCCGGGGAGCUCCUCCCCUCCUUAGUGGUCUCACCUGUGGCAGGUAAUACCCUCAUUAUAUAGCCAUCCCUAGUGAUUUACAGUCUGGCUUGUGGUGUCUGGAGAGGUAUCAAUAAUGAGUGCAGAAGCUGGGAAGAAGAGAGGCCGAGCCCCUGUCUCUGGGGACAAGAAACCUAAGCGGAAGGUGAAGAGACGGGAGACCUACUCAGUCUAUAUCUAUAAAGUGCUGAAACAGGUUCACCCUGACACUGGCAUCUCCUCUAAGGCCAUGAGCAUCAUGAACUCCUUUGUGAAUGAUGUCUUUGAGCGCAUUGCCACAGAGGCCUCGCGCCUAGCACAAUACAACAAGCGCUCCACCAUCACCAGCCGCGAGGUGCAGACCGCCGUCCGCCUGCUGCUGCCGGGGGAGCUGGCCAAGCACGCCGUGUCUGAGGGCACCAAAGCUGUCACCAAGUACACCAGCAGCAAGUGACCGCGA